GUCAAAACAGACGCAAUUUGACAGCUAGCAGAGAACUCCAACACUGAGUAAUACAUACACAGAACCCAAUGAUCGUGUUCCCCCAAACAUGCUUAUCUUAGUCACAUCACCAUCAAGGGAACUGCAUCCACUCAACAUUGACAUGGAGGACAACAGAAGAAAGCAGACAAAGUGAGUAUUCGCUGAUAAAGUAUUGCUUACAAUCCACAUUGAUUUAUUGGUUUGGUUUAUUGGUCAUUCUGCACAAUUGCAGAUUCUUAAAAACAAUUGUUCUUUAAAAACACUCAAUUAUGUUGCUGGUUGCCUUUGCACAUAGGAGCAAGAUAACUUUGAGGUUUUCUGUGCAUGUGCACGUUUUGUGUGUAUGCUUGUGUAUUUACCUAUUUACAUUGUGUUUCAGAGGAAGCGACUUGAGGUCCCGACUACAACGCAGACCUUCCCAUGCCCCCAACGCUGAACGGUAUAUAGCCUAAGGAUAGACUCUCCAUGUCCAUGAGCCUUUCCUAUCAGGACCCAUCCAUGAACCACAUUAACAUCCAGUGUAUUGAUCUGAAAGUAACUGUCCUCCACCUUUACAGACUUAGUCCUGAGGAAAUUAUCCUGUGGUCCCAGUCUUUGGAGAGACUUCUCGCAUCAAAAUGUAAGCAUUUCAUGUUCUUCAAAACAAUUUUUAAACAUACAAAAGGACGUUGAACCAUUGAAGAUAUGAUCAUCAUAUGUCCAUUUUCGUAGGUUUUCAGGUUUUAAAGCCUAGCUACAGUGGGGAGAACAAGUAUUUGAUACACUGCCGAUUUUGCAGGUUUUGAUACUUACAAAGCAUGUAGAGGUCUGUAAUUUUUAUCAUAGGUACACUUCAACUGUGAGAGACGGAAUCUAAAACAAAAAUCCAGAAAAUCACAUUGUAUGAUUUUUAAGUAAUUAAUUUGCAUUUUAUUGCAUGACAUAAGUAUUUGAUCACCUACCAACCAGUAAGAAUUCCGGCUCUCACAGACCUGUUAGUUUUUCUUUAAGAAGCCCUCCUGUUCUCCACUCAUGACCUGUAUUAACUGCACCUGUUUGAACUCGUUACCUGUAUAAAAGACACCUGUCCACACACUCAAUCAAACAGACUCCAACCUCUCCACAAUGGCCAAGACCAGAGAGCUGUGUAAGGACAUCAGGGAUACAAUUGUAGACCUGCACAAGGCUGGGAUGGGCUACAGGACAAUAGGCAAGCAGCUUGGUGAGAAGGCAACAACUGUUGCCGCAAUUAUUAGAAAAUGGAAGAAGUUCAAGAUGACGGUCAAUCACCCUCGGUCUGGGGCUCCAUGCAAGAUCUCACCUCGUGGGGCAUCAAUGAUCAUGAGGAAGGUGAGGGAUCAGCCCAGAACUACACGGCAGGACCUGGUCAAUGACCUGAAGAGAGCUGGGACCACAGUCUCAAAGAAAACCAUUAGUAACACACUACGCCGUCAUGGAUUAAAAUCCUGCAGCGCACGCAAGGUCCCCCUGCUCAAGCCAGCGCAUGUCCAGGCCCGUCUGAAGUUUGCCAAUGACCAUCUGGAUGAUCCAGAGGAGGAAUGGGAGAAGGUCAUGUGGUCCGAUGAGACAAAAAUAGAGCUUUCUGGUCUAAACUCCACUCGCCGUGUUUGGAGGAAGAAGAAGGAUGAGUACAACCCCAAGAACACCAUCCCAACUGUGAAGCAUGGAGGUGGAAACAUCAUUCUUUGGGGAUGCUUUUCUGCAAAGGGGACAGGACGACUGCACCGUAUUGAGGGGAGGAUGGAUGGGGCCAUGUAUCGCGAGAUCUUGGCCAACAACCUUCUUCCCUCAGUAAGAGCAUUGAAGAUGGGUCGUGGCUCCGUAAGAAGCAUCUCAAGGUCCUGGAGUGGCCUAGCCAGCCUCCAGACCUGAACCCAAUAGAAAAUCUUUGGAGGGAGCUGAAACUCCGUAUUGCCCAGCGACAGCCCCGAAACCUGAAGGAUCUGGAGAAAGUCUGUAUGGAGGAGUGGGCCAAAAUCCCUGCUGCAGUGUGUGCAAACCUGGUCAAGACCUACAGGAAACAUAUGAUCUCUGUAAUUGCAAACAAAGGUUUCUGUACCAAAUAUUAAGUUCUGCUUUUCUGAUGUAUCAAAUACUUAUGUCAUGCAAUAAAAUGCAAAUUAAUUACUUAAAAAUCAUACAAUGUGAUUUUCUGGAUUUUUUAGAUUCCGUCUCUCACAGUUGAAGUGUACCUAUGAUAAAAAUUACAGACCUCUACAUGCUUUAUAAGUAGGAAAACCUGCAAAAUCGGCAGUGUAUCAAAUACUUGUUCUCCCCACUGUAAGUGUGUCUUCUCACGCCCCCUUUAGAUGGCAUGGCAACAUUUCAGGCCUUUCUGAAAUCGGAGUUCAGCGAUGAGAACAUUGAAUUCUGGCUGAUCUGUGAAGACUACAAGAAGAUCAAGUCCUCCUUCAGGCUGUCCUCCAGGGCCAAGAAGAUCUACAAGACAUACAUUGAAGCUGAGGCUCCAAAAGAGGUAUGUUGUACUCACAAACAUAGUAUAUUACUUCACAAAAACAUGUAGAUCUUUGAUCAUGUAUGUAUCUACUUUGUAUGGCCACAUUUGCUUUGUACGGGCACAUCUACUUCUUGUAUCCACUAAGUCUCAUCAAUUCCCUCUAUAUCGCUCCAGAUCAACAUUGACCACAAGACCAGAGAUCUCAUCGCGCAGAAUGUGAAGACACCCUCCACAGUUUGCUUUGACGAGGCCCAGAGGAUUGUGUACAGCCUGAUGGAGAAAGAUUCCUACCCCAGGUUCCUCAGAUCCAACAUCUACAGGACCCUACUGGACUCCGCAUCAGACUAUGUGAAGAUGUGAUUGAAUACAGAUGAUAGAAAUGGACUGCAAUGUUUAACAGCCAGGGAGCGUCUACAAACAGGAUUCAUAAGAAGAUGCUUCCGAAUGUGAAUUAUACUGGGUACAGAGGUAAGAGGCCUAAGGGAAUGCUGGGAGGAACAUACAGAAGCGACUGUGCUGGCAAGCCUUUUUGACAUUUGUGCCUAGUCUAUGUACUUUCACUUUAAAGAGGAACAUA